GGUUCGGCCGCUUGUCCAGAAGCAAGAAGCAAGGAUCACUGCAACCGCUUACAGUAUCUUACAUUACUCCCGCGCAUUACUCCACGUGCCGCAACUGGCCGGCCCACAAGCAUACAUUACGAUACACUCCCCAUCGCACCUUGCAGGGCUGUGCCUGGCACCUUGCGCGCCGGGCCCAGCUGGUGGCUGAGCCCAGGCCCAGUCCACAGGCCCAGUCCACGGGCCCAGUCCCAGCCCUUCAAGGCCCUUCACUCCGUCCGCCGGCACUGUACGACAUUCGCAUAAUUCUUACCGGUAUGUAACCGCCUGGAUGUACUUACUUUAUUUUUUCCUCGCCUCUCGGCGUAAAUCCACUAGUACAUACAUCCACCACCAUGAGCCUCCUCGCUGCACGACAGCUGCCUGGCCAGAGGGUCAAUGCCCAGCGCGUGCACCUCGCUCGGCUGGCAUACCGGCAAAUACCUUGCCGCGUGUCUGCACACGCAGAUGACCAGAUCAUUGCGCCAGAGCUGGCGCGGGUUGGCCCUGAAUUCGUCGCCGACGUGAUUCGCAACAAAAUAGCGGCGAAGAUGCUGGUUUUGGACGUCCGCGAACCGGACGAGGUGGCCCUGGGCAGCAUCAAAUCCGCGCUCAACGUACCAUCGGGCGUGUUCAAGUCCGAUGAUAAGUCUCAGCUGGACGCGGUCAUCAAGGACAAGCUGUCCGGGUUCCAGCAGGUGGUGGUGCACUGCCAUGGCUCCAAGGUGCGGGGCCCCACGAGCGCCCGCGCCCUCAACGAACGGAUCAAGGCGCUGGGUCUGGACAACGCGCCCGAGGUCAAGGUGCUGGCGGGCGGCGUGGAGGGCUUCAUCAACGCCUUUGGAUCUGACCCCGCCCUCACGGUGCUGCCAGAGGGCGGCUGGAAGCCCAACCACUCCUGAGAGUAUGGACUGGUUGGGCCCUGUGGGCUGCUGAGAGCCUGAAAGAGAAAUGAGCCGCUGAGAGCCUGAAAUGGAAAUAACUGUCAUGAUGAUGUACGCCCUGGUGGAGCUGGAGGUAGGUAGGAAGUAUGGGGGAUGCAAUGGUUGGUGGGCAGCGCAAUCAUGGGUCUUGAAUUGCGGGAUGAGUGGUGACGGCUGGCAGCACAGCACAGCGCAGCAGCGAGGCGAGGCGAGGCGAGGCGAGCAGAGAGGAGCGAAGGGCUGUAGGCAUUGGGUAAAUGAGUGACACCCGCAGUGGACUGAGCGUAUAAAGAGGAGGAAUGAAGAUGGCAUUUCCUUACUGCUACUGCCAGGGGGUGGGCGAAGACGAGUGAGUGAACAUGACCGCUUGAGGAGAGUGCCUGCUCUGUGUCGUGCAUCGUUGCAUGUGGUGUUGAUGCGCAUGAGUACGAUGGUUGCAUGAUUACCGUACUUUCGUGGUUGUAUCGUCACUGUGGCGAGGAUCUGAGAUUGCUGCUCUGUUGAACUCCAGUGACUACGUACCGGUAUCUGCUGGGCAGCACACGCGCAACUGGGCAUGUGAACCGGUAGCGUUAGUGGUGGCUGCUUCCUGGCGGCUCUCAUGCCAGCACUAGCAAGGAGCAGUUACAAAUCUUACUCAGGGAGCUUGCAAGAACCUGUACCAGUUGCCC